AAUGUAAAACACAAAUAAAUAUGUAUUAAUUUUUCAUUCAAUCAUUAUGUAGAGUGAGCCAAAAAUUGGUGAAAAUUAGAUAUUAAUUACAUCAAAUAUAGACUAUCAUAACAAUCCGAAACCGAAACCGAAACAAAGACAUCGCAACUUAUUUUAGUUCCUUCAGUUUCUUGCAUCAUGAGUAGCAUUUCCUCACCACUUUAAUCGGUCUUCAGAAACCUUAUGGUACAAAAAGAUCGCAUAUACAGCAUGGUAAAAUUUUUCUAACAAAUAAAUCUUUCGCUUUUUGUUUGUUGAGGUUCAAAAUCAAAUCUCCUCGGAUUUCAAGCAUCAAGACUUGAUUCAUUUUAAUAUUUCAUUUUUCUACAGAAAGUAUGUUUCUGGCUUGAUCAUGGGUGCUCCCUUUCGAAAGAGCAGCAAUUAGAUUCUCAUCCUUCAUUACCUUCUUAAAGUUUAAAGGUCCUACUCUUCAAUUGUAGCGGAUUAUUGGUGAAUUCAUGAAUGGGAAACAUGUAAAAUUUGACAUGGCCAACAUCGCUAACCCAAGGAAUGUGAACGUGAAUUUGAGAGGCAAGAAAGAGAAGGCAUGGUGGGUAGCCCUUACACCUCUUUAUAGCAUGUCUUCCCGAUACCUGCAGAGUGGCCCGAUUAAUGAUAUGGGCAUUCAGGUCGCUUGGGAAGGCCUCGUGGAAGCAGGACACCUCACGUUCCUAUUUGCUCAGCAAUACGGGUUGUACAAAGCCUUGACCUUGGAAUUCUUGUCCACCCUUCAGGUUAACUACGAAAAUAAGGAGUUGGCAUCUAUUACCUUCUGACUCGCCAAUGUAGAGCACACACUCUCACUGUCAGAGUUUAACGCUAUCUUCCGACUGCUAGACGAGGAUGAAGAAGGGUAUAUUGUUGACCCCGAAGACUAUGAUCGAGAUGCCUUUUGGGGCAAGAUUACACUUGACGACGCCACUUCAAGUCGGGGCCCUACCUUUAAGCUAAACCUUCGUUUUUGUGUGAUUUUAUCAUAUGCUUGUUGUUUCUAGAACUUGCUCAUAAUCAUAUUAAGUCUACAUAGUAAA